AUGGCGACCAAGAAAGGGCCCGUGUGGUUCAUCACGGCGGCCUCGAGCGGCUUCGGACGUGAAAUGGCCGCCUACGCUCUUCAGCAGGGCCACACCGUCAUCGCCACCGCUCGCAAGACGGAGCGCAUCAAGGACCUCGCCGAUGCGGGCGCCCACCUCGUCGCCUUCGACGUGACCUCGCCGCUCGAGAGCAUCGAGGGGACGGCCAAGACCGUCUUCGACAAGUUCGGUCGUGUCGACUACCUCGUCAACGCCGCCGGCUUCAUCCUCGAGGGCGCCGUCGAAGAGGUGGCCCCCAAGGAGGUCUACGACUGCUUCAACACCAACGUCUUCGGCACCAUGAACACCAUCCGCGCCUUCCUGCCCUUCAUGCGGGCGCAACCCCUUGCCGACGACGGCUUCCGUGGUACCGUCGUCACCUUCGGCAGCGCCGGCAGCUGGAUCGGAGGCGCCGACUACUCCGUCUACGCCAUGACCAAGGCUUGCGUCUCCUCCCUCGCCGAGUCGCUCCAGUCCGAGCUGUCGCCCUUCAAGAUCCGCGCCACCGUCGUCGAGCCGGGCUACUUCCGUACCUCCUUCCUCAACCCAGGCGUCGUGGUCCACGGUCAGAAGCGGAUUCCGGCCUACGAGGAUGAGUCGACGCCCUCGGGCCAAACCCGCAAGGCCCUCGCCGUCACCGAUGGAAAGCAGGCCGGGGACGUCAAGAAGGGCUGCAAGGUCAUCGUCGACAUGUUGACCGGCACCGGCCCCGCCGCGGGUAAGACGCUGCCGGUGCGCAUUGUGCUCGGCAAAGACUGCGAAAAGGUGAUUCGUGACAAGUUCUCCAGCACUGUUGCGAUCCUGGACGAGUGGAAGGACCUUUUGCGAAGCACUGAUCAUGACUGA